CAACAUGGCCGCGUCCGUGAGGCUGCUCGUCCGGAGGGCGGUGCGUCUCUCUCUCCGGUCUGUUACCGGUACCGGAGCCGCUCGGUCCGGAUGCUGCCGGGCACCGAACACCUGCCGCUGCUUCAGCGAUGCAGCCGGAGACAGAAGCACACACUUCGGCUUCGAGACGGUGCCGGAGACGGAGAAGGCGAAGAGAGUGUAUAAGGUGUUUGAGAAUGUGGCGCAGAAGUACGACACCAUGAACGACGCCAUGAGUUUUGGGAUCCAUCGACUGUGGAAGGACAUGCUGCUGCACGUCAUGAACCCGCAGCCCGGGGUUCGACUCCUGGAUGUGGCGGGUGGAACAGGCGACAUUUCUUUCCGUUUCCUGGAGUACGUUCGUUCUCAGCAGGAGCGUCAGAUGCGGCGGGCGGCGAGGACCAUGCAGACGCCGUCGUGGCAGGACAUUUCAGACCAGUACUCCACAGAGGACGAGGACGGUCCUCGGGAAUCCAGAGCCGUGGUCUGUGACAUCAACAAGGAGAUGCUGAAAGUGGGCAAACAGAAAGCCGACAGCAUGGGAAUCACCUCUGGUCUGUCCUGGGUGGUGGGCGACGCCGAGGAGCUUCCCUUUGAUGACAACCAGUUUGACAUUUAUACCAUCGCCUUCGGCAUUCGAAACGUCACUCACAUAGAUCAGGCUCUGCAGGAGGCUCUGCGGGUCCUGAAGCCUGGCGGCAGGUUCAUGUGUUUAGAGUUCAGCAAAGUGACCAAUCCUGUACUGGCGAAGCUUUAUGACGCGUACAGUUUCCAGAUGAUCCCAGUCCUGGGGGAGGUGAUAGCUGGAGACUGGAAGUCGUACCAGUAUCUGGUAGAAAGCAUCCGCAAGUUUCCAGACCAGGAGGAGUUUAAAUGUAUAAUCGAGGACGCAGGUUUCUACUGUGUGAAUUAUCACAACCUCACUGCUGGAGUCGUGGCUCUUCACUCUGGGUUCAAGCUCUGAGAUUUCACUCUUGACACCGAUGGAAUAAAAACCCUAAAAAGACUUGCUAAGUGUUUCAGACCAUCAGAGCUGCUCUCUGUACAGUGACUCAACAUCAUGUCAGUGGACGUAUUUAUUCUCCUGCUCAUCGUCCAAUAAUUGUAUUUAAUAAUGUUGGAAAAAAAGCAGACUAAAAACCAAAAUGUCAAAAUCUGCAAUGAAAUGGUUAUUUACUCUCUUGGCAGUUUGUUUGGAAUAUUUUUUGUAACAUCUACAUUUUGGCAAAAAAUAAUAAAAAUUUGUCAAAAACUUGUAUCAGCUUC